AUGGCAACUCCCUCGUUCAAUCGACGAGCUGCCGGUCUUAAGUCGAUCGGGGCAAAGAGGUUCCUCGCUGAGGACUAUGCACGUGCCCCGGGCGCACUGAAGACGCUCCUGGGCGAUGAGUACAUCAUUGGGGAUGGCGUCAAGCUGCUGGCAAAGAUGCAGGGACUCAGGCCACUAAAGCAAAAUACGAAGGACAGAACCGAAUCGCAAUCUCAAGUCCCCCGCGAGAAGGAGAAGGAAAAGCGAGCGAAGAAGCAGAAAGAGCAGCAAAAGCGAGCAGAACAGAAGAAAUUGGAGAGCGGGGAGAAUAAGAACGCUGCUUUCUAG